AUGUUGAAUUCGAAAUCUUUAAAGAUAAGCAGAUCGUCUCUGUCAUCAACUUCUGAUGCAUCUGAAGCAAACAGGCCUCCUUUACCUCCGACUGUAACAUUUGGCCGAAGAACUCCCUCGGGUCGAUACAUCAGUUACUCCAGAGAUGAUCUUGACAGUGAGCUAGGAAGUCACGAUUUCAUGAAUUAUACGGUGCAUUUACCACCGACUCCUGAUAACCAACCUAUGGAUACGACGAUCUCACAGAAAGUUGAGGAGCAGUAUGUGUCGAGUUCUCUCUUCACGGGGGGAUUCAACAGUAUUACUCGAGCUCAUCUAAUGGAUAAAGUGACUGAAUCUGAAGUGAACCAUCCGCAGAUGGCCGGUGCGAAAGGGUCUUCGUGUGGUGUUCCUGGUUGUGAUUCUAAGGUGAUGAGUGAUGAACGUGGUGUGGAUAUUCUUCCUUGUGAGUGUGAUUAUAAGAUAUGUAGAGAUUGCUAUAUAGAUGCAGUGAAAACAGGAGAUGGAAUGUGCCCGGGAUGCAAAGAACCGUAUAAGAACACAGAACUCGAUGAGGUGGCUGUGGAUGAUGGAAGGCCACUUCCACUUCCCCCUCCAGUUGGGGCGUCUAAAAUGGAGAGGAGACUGUCCUUAAUGAAGUCGUCAAAAUCUGCCCUAAUGAGGAGUCAAACUGGUGAUUUUGAUCACAAUCGGUGGCUCUUUGAAACAAAGGGUACCUAUGGUUAUGGCAAUGCUAUCUGGCCAAAGGAAGGAGAUUUUGGAAAUGGAAAAGAUGAUGUUUCUGAGCCAACCGAGUUGAUGAGCAGACCAUGGAGGCCACUCACGCGGAAAUUGAAGAUACCCGCUGCUGUUCUCAGCCCAUAUCGUCUCAUCAUUUUUAUUCGUAUGGCGGCUCUUGUACUGUUCCUGCAUUGGAGGAUCACACACAAAAAUACUGAUGCUAUCUGGUUAUGGGGAAUGUCUAUAGUUUGUGAAAUAUGGUUUGCUUUCUCUUGGCUUCUUGAUCAAUUGCCUAAGCUAUGCCCAGUAAAUCGUUCUACAGAUCUUAAUGUUCUGAGGGAAAAAUUCGAAUUACCAACUCCUGAGAAUCCUACAGGAAAGUCUGAUCUGCCAGGCAUAGAUGUCUUUGUCUCAACUGCUGAUCCUGAGAAAGAGCCACCUCUUGUCACGGCAAACACCAUCUUGUCUAUUUUAGCUGCUGAUUAUCCUGUUGAGAAGCUUUCUUGCUAUGUUUCUGAUGAUGGAGGCGCACUUUUAACUUUCGAGGCAAUGGCUGAAGCUGCUAGCUUUGCUAAUGUGUGGGUUCCAUUCUGCCGCAAGCAUGAUAUAGAGCCUAGGAAUCCGGAAUCAUACUUCAACUUAAAGAGAGAUCCUUACAAAAACAAAGUGAAACCUGAUUUUGUGAAGGAUCGUAGAAGGCUGAAGCGUGAGUAUGAUGAGUUCAAGGUCAGAAUCAAUGGUUUGCCCGAGUCUAUCCGUCGCAGAUCAGAUGCUUUUCAUGCAAGAGAGGAAAUCAAGGCCAUGAAAGUUGUGAGACAAAACAGGGGAGAUGAACCUGUUGAGCCUAUAAAGAUUCCAAAAGCAACAUGGAUGGCUGAUGGAUCUCAUUGGCCUGGGACUUGGUUGAACACUUCAUCCGAGCACUCUAAGGGUGACCAUGCUGGCAUAAUUCAGGUGAUGUUGAAACCUCCAAGUGAUGAACCUCUUAUUGGAAAUGCUGAUGAUGCAAAGCUUAUUGACUUGACUGAUGUUGAUAUCCGUCUUCCCCUUCUUGUUUAUGUUUCUAGAGAGAAACGCCCGGGUUAUGAUCACAAUAAAAAAGCCGGAGCCAUGAAUGCAUUGGUCAGAGCCUCGGCCGUCAUGUCCAAUGGUCCUUUUAUACUCAAUCUUGACUGUGAUCACUAUAUCUACAACUCCAAGGCAAUGAGGGAAGGUAUGUGCUUUAUGAUGGAUCGUGGCGGUGACCGCCUCUGCUAUGUCCAGUUCCCUCAAAGGUUUGAGGGGAUUGAUCCUUCUGAUAGAUAUGCUAAUCACAACACUGUCUUCUUUGAUGUUAAUAUGAGAGCCCUUGACGGACUUCAAGGGCCAGUUUAUGUCGGAACUGGUUGUCUGUUUAGAAGGGUUGCUCUUUAUGGUUUUGACCCUCCACGUGCCAAAGAAGACCAUGCAACUUUCUGUAGUUGUUGCUUUGGGCGUAAUAAGAAGAAGCUUGCCAACACCUCAGAAGAGAACCGGGCACUAAAAAUGGGUGACUCUGAUGAUGAAGAAAUGAAUCUUUCAUCCUUUCCUAAGAAAUUUGGGAACUCAAGUUUUCUUAUUGACUCAAUUCCAGUGGCAGAGUUCCAAGGUAGGCCACUUGCUGAUCACCCUGCUGUGAAAAAUGGACGCCGACCUGGCGCUCUCACCAUACCCCGAGAACUUCUUGAUGCAUCAACUGUUGCAGAAGCCAUAAGUGUGAUCUCAUGUUGGUAUGAGGACAAGACUGAAUGGGGACAGCGUGUUGGAUGGAUCUACGGGUCGGUUACGGAGGAUGUGGUCACUGGUUAUAGGAUGCAUAACAGAGGAUGGAAAUCUGUUUACUGUGUGACCAAACGCGAUGCCUUCCGCGGAACUGCUCCCAUCAAUCUCACUGAUAGGCUGCAUCAGGUUCUUAGAUGGGCUACUGGUUCAGUUGAGAUAUUCUUCUCCAGAAACAAUGCAAUUAUGGCCAGCACAAGAAUGAAAUUUCUUCAAAGGAUUGCAUACCUUAAUGUCGGAAUCUAUCCAUUCACCUCUUUUUUCCUUAUCGUCUAUUGCUUCCUCCCUGCACUCUCCCUCUUCUCAGGACAGUUCAUCGUUCAAAAUCUCAAUGUCACUUUCCUUGCCUACCUCUUGGCUAUUACCUUGACUCUCUGCAUUCUCGCCGUGCUUGAGAUUAAAUGGUCAGGAAUCGAGCUGGAAGAAUGGUGGAGAAACGAGCAGUUUUGGUUGAUCGGAGGAACCAGUGCCCAUCUAGCAGCCGUUCUUCAAGGUUUACUCAAAGUUGUAGCAGGCAUUGAAAUCUCAUUCACAUUGACUUCAAAAUCUGGCGGUGAUGAUGUGGACGACGAGUUCGCUGAUCUUUAUAUCGUCAAAUGGUCAUCCCUUAUGAUACCGCCAAUCACAAUCAUGAUGGUAAACUUAAUAGCAAUAGCUGUUGGAGUUAGCAGAACCAUAUACAGCACCAUACCGCAGUGGAGCCGUUUACUCGGCGGCGUUUUCUUCAGCUUUUGGGUAUUGGCCCAUCUCUACCCUUUUGCGAAAGGUUUGAUGGGAAGAAGAGGGAAGACACCUACCAUUGUUUUUGUAUGGUCAGGUCUAAUAGCAAUCAUAAUAUCACUCCUUUGGGUGGCUAUCAAUCCACCAGCCGGUAGUUCCAACCAAAUCGGAGGGUCCUUCCAGUUCCCAUGA